AUGAACGGCAUCAGCAUAAUGGUAAAAAUGGUCAACAUGCCAAAAGUCUUGGCGCAAGUGCGAUGCUUUUCCGAUCGGAAAAGGAAAAUUAUGAACGGAACAGAAUACAUCAGGCGAAAAACUGGCUAUGGCGGAAGGAUAAGAAGAAACAGGCAAGCGCCUGCAUAUAAGAGGUGA